UCCGCUCCUGCCACCUCCGCCCCGAGAGCCUGAUCUCAGGCUAGGGGUCGUGUCGAUAUCUAGUCCAACUAAAAGCCUUGUAACGUAACAUAAUAUCUUUUUAACUCAAACUCAUUUGCGUCAUCUUGCUACACUGUAUAGACAUGUCAGAUCCUCGAAUUACCAGUCAAGAGGAUAGCCUCAAAGACUUGCCGCAAACUACUGCUUCUGUGUAAAUUGGAAACUAAUCCAGCCAGGCAAGGGUCAGUUGAGACGUCAAGUACGAAAAUGGAAUAAUUCAAAUGGGCAUAGAAAACCAUUGCAACGAAUCAAAAUUAUUCUCACGAGACAAACAUGUACAGAAUGUCAACAAAGUCACUAGUCAGUCCUUUUUUAAAGGCAGAUGACUCUGAGAUGAGACCUGAAAUAGCGAAUCCAUCCAAAAUUUGAGUUUAGAUAUGUGAAAGGGCGGCAACUCAAAACUGGAAAACCACAAUUAUCUUAUCAUCUUCUCUAUUUGCACAUUUUGCAAUAUUCUCCAGUCAGCGAAACAGUUAGAUCAUUGAUGGUAUUACAAAGAGUAUAAAUGGCAGUCUUGUUGAUACUUUUUGGGGUGUGCCCUUUGCUAGGCCGCCUGUUGGAGAUUUGAGAUUCGUCCCGCCCAAGAUGGUACAACCUUGGAAAAAAACGCUGAUUGGUAAGAAAAAGAGUUGUUUACAGACCAAUCCAAGUUUUACUACCGUUAAAGGAGAGGAAGAUUGUUUGUACCUCAACAUUUUCAGAGUACGAAAGGGAAAAACAGCCAGAAUGAGCGUCAUGGUUUUCAUUCAUGGUGGUGGCUACAGAACUGGAUCGGGGAGUGAUUAUAAUGGAGAAAUGCUGACAGCCCUGUAUGACGUUUUGGUAGUAACUAUUAACUACCGUUUGGGCAUCUUUGGGUUCUUCAGUUUGCCCGACUCAGAGUUAUUGGGGAACUACGGGCUGCAGGACCAGAUUCUCGCUUUAAAAUGGGUCAAAGCACACAUUUCCGCUUUUGGUGGCGAUCCAAGCAAAGUCACAGUAUUUGGAGAAAGUGCAGGAGCCAGUAGCGUGUCGUUACUCCUGCUGUCACCCUUGACUAAAGGGCUGUUUACUCGGGCAAUAGCCGAGAGUGCAUCUGCAUUGAGUCCCUGGGCUGUUUAUGAGCGUCAGAAUCGCAGCAUAGCUGCAGGGUUUGCGGCAAGUUUUGGAUGCAGAGAGACGCACAUAGCGACAUGCUUACGCGGCACACCUGCAACAAGAUUGCUGUUGAAACCAAUGCCAUCAACAUUUUAUCCGCUUACUGCACCGACUGUGGAUGGUAAAGUGAUUACAGCCCUGCCUUGGCAUCAGGGUAAAAAGGGCAAGUUGCCAGUACCAGAUUUGGAGCUUUUGAUAGGUUUCAACAAGGACGAAGGGACAAUCUUUUUGCCAAAAAUCGAGUGGAACCAAGCUGCUUAUAAACAGUACAUUACAGGGACGUUGAAAUGGCGGUAUAAAAAAAGUGCGAAUAUAAUUGGAGAAAUAGCUUCUUUUGAGUACCGCAAGUUUCUGAAUCCAGAGAACUGGAGCCUCAUGAUGUCUUGCAGUGACUUUCUAGCUGAUUUUUAUUUCAAAGAGGGAAUUAUCAAAAUGGCUGGUGACUGGUCAAAAGCAGGAAAACGGGUGUAUGUUUAUGACUUCACAUACUUACCGGAGCACUUACGAGUUCCUUCACUGGGCAUUGCACAUAGCAUAGAGCUGGGUUUUGUGUUUGGUAGGCCAUUUUUUUCCUCUGGUGAUUGGUUGGUCGCAAAAUACACUGAAUCGGAUGCCAAUUUUAGUCGGAAAAUGAUGAAGAUGUGGACAGACUUUGUAAAAUAUGGUGUUCCUGAGAGCAAAUGGCCUAUAUUUGAUUUAGAUAAGAAGAGCUAUCUUGAAAUAAAUGUCACAAAUACAAGAAAACACAAUUACAACCCGAGAAGAAUGACAUUAUGGCACAGUGUUCUACCAAAGGUAUUAGCAUUAACAAAUGCAACGAAAAGAGAAAGCAAAAUUUCACCAAAUGCUCCUGCGAUUCCAAAGAUAACAGCAAAGAUCUUGAACAAUUAUAAUCUUUUGGAGUUGCCAAUAAUACCUUGAUUCAACAUAACCCUUCUUUAAAAAUUGUAUAUUUCAUGGCAAAGCUCAUUUCGCGUAAUCAUGUCGCUUUAAGAAAUAUUAGUGAUUUGUAUACAGUUUUUUUUAUCUGUCGCUUAAACGAGUAAAACAAUGCAGUCAAAAUUAUGAUCAUAAACUUCGUAUCUUCAUAAAAUGCAUACGUUGGCUGGUGUAGAAAGUCAUCUAUGCCGGUGUCAUAUGCGUUUCGGUAACAUUUUGAAUUUCGGUCCGAAUAUUCAAACACAUGGCAAUUUCGGUAAUGCAAAAACGUAUCAUCACUUAAACAGUAGGGUCCCAAAACGAAUGGUGGAAUUUAGCAUGCAAAACGGUCCAGGUACACAAACGCAUGGAAAUUUUGUUUACAAAAAAACGUACCCAAGCCUUUAGAAAACAAGAAAUCGAAACAAAUGGUGGAAUUUAGCAUGCGAACCGUUCCGAGUACACAAAUGUUCUGGUUCAUAUUGUUUAGAAUGUAAAGAACAAUCGAUCUAUUUUUCACAAGGGGUACUAAUAAGAAGCGGUGCUGUGAUUUCCCUUGUUAAGUUUAUGCAAAAAGUACAACAUGUCGCCUCAAGACUUCAGACUAACAUUGGGUACCAUUGACUAAAGAGUUCUUUAAGUAAUGACGUCGCAAAAAACUGUUUCGAGAUCGUAAAAGUUGGUAAAAUAGCGUAAAAGUUCAUUUUAGAAUAUUUUGUGCAGUCUUUUUCUUGCAAUCGUUUGAAAAGUUGUACAUUUGCUGUUUGUAUCGAUCUCAAAGCGAGACUAGUUUGAACCAACUUUGAGGCUGUACGCUGCAUAUUUCUCAACGUACAGGACUAUUGUUUUAACUGAUUAACAGUAAAUAUUACUCAUGGAAAGGAGCAUUUUGAUUGGUUGAACUACCGUCUAGUCUAGGUCUAGGGUAUUCACUGCGUAUUGAUGACCGAUCUCCAUUCAACAUGAAGUAGCUCAAUCUUCAAAAUUUAAUCGAUGAGCCACAAAUUACAAUAGAUUUUUAAAAAGGAAACUACCCAAAGUGGAUAUUUCAUUUUUAAAACCAAAAUACCCCCUAUUUACCAUAUGACUCAAUGCUUAGGGAAUAAGGGAAUAAACACUAUCUAACUGUUUUACUACCUGUUAAGGCACUGAAGGGCGACCCAGUUCUAAUAUAAAAAUUGCCAUAAUUUAAGGAAUUCUGUGCACUCCUUUGCCAAAUCUGUUGAAGGGGCAGAUAGAAAAGGAUACAUGUCCAUUAUAAACUUAAAUAGCUACAGACCUUCAAAGCCUCAAGCAUAUGGCACGAGAACACAAAUUUUGGUCUUUUCUCACCCUCACACAUUUCAAAGCAGAUUGUCAAGCAUUCUACAAUAGAGUUUUGAGCUAUUAAUUUUUUAAUUUUUUCCAAACCCUUGCAAAAAUCCACUUUCCGAAAAAGGCCUAGCUAGAGAAGAGAUAAUGAGUAGAUAACAGCACAUUCGCCCCAAAUGGUGCCUUACGCAACUUCAGGUUAGCUCUAGCGCAACAAUGACCCCAGUAAAAUUCCCCGAAAUAUACAGAGGACAAUAAUAUCCCUUUAACAUCCUGAAAGAAAAUUUGGAAGAAUGCAAUUGUUUGUUUACACAGUGUUUACGCUAGAUGUUUGGGCGUUUCUGGAGAACUUGACAGUUAAACAAAAAA